GGCGCCGCCUCCUUGUCGGGCCGGGCACGGCGGGCCGGGGCCUUUGUGUGAGGUGGCUGCGGCGAUGGUACUCAGGCCCAGCGGAGUCGGGUCCUCCUGACUGAACACAGGCCACCUUCGUAUUUCACUCUUGCCUGCCUGCCUGUCCCCUGCAAAGCCAUGUGGCUGUACCUGGCGGCUCUCGUGGGCCUGUACUACCUUCUUCGCUGGUACCGGGAGAGACAGGUGGUGAGCCACCUCCAAGACAAGUAUGUCUUCAUCACGGGCUGUGACUCGGGCUUCGGAAACCUACUGGCCAGGCAGCUGGACCUGCGAGGCUUGAGGGUGCUGGCCGCAUGUCUGACAGAGAAAGGGGCCGAGCAGCUGAGGGGCCAGACAUCAGACAGGCUGGCGACAGUGAUCCUGAACGUCACCAAGACAGAGAGCAUUGCUGCGGCCACACAGUGGGUGAAGGAGCGUGUAGGGGACAGAGGACUCUGGGGCCUGGUGAAUAAUGCUGGCAUCUCCAUGCCCACGGCACCCAACGAGUGGCUGACCAAACAGGACUUCAUAAAGAUUCUCGAUGUGAACCUAUUGGGGUUGAUUGAGGUGACCCUGAGCCUGCUGCCCCUGGUAAGGAAAGCAAGAGGCCGUGUGGUCAACGUCUCCAGCAUCUUGGGUCGUGUGUCCAUGUAUGGCGGGGGCUACUGCAUCUCCAAGUACGGCGUCGAGGCCUUCUCGGACUCCCUCAGGAGGGAGCUCUCCCACUUUGCGGUGAAAGUGGCAAUCAUUGAGCCCGGUUACUUCAAGACCAUUUUGGCGAGUUCUGAGACGGUUUGUAGGAGCUUCCAGGAGACAUGGGAUCGGGCCAGCCCAGAGGUGAAGGAGAUCUACGGGGAGAAGUUCCUGGCAGCCUGUAUGAAGUCAUUUGGGUUGUUGGACAAAAUAUGCACGAAGGACCUGUCCUUGGUGACGGACUGCAUGGAACAUGCCCUGAUCGCCUGCCAUCCCCGCACCCGAUACUCAUGUGGCUGGGACGCCAAGCUCAUGUACCUUCCCAUGAGCUACAUGCCCACUUUCCUGGUGGAUGCCAUAAUCCACUGGAGCAAACCAAGGCCCGUGAAGGCCCUGUGACCCAUGACUGUGGUGCACAGUAAGGCAGAGUUGGGUACUAUGUGAGGGAAGGGAUGCAUCCCUGGAGAGAAGUAUGGUGCAUUUUGCUCACAUUCUCAAUAAUGUUACUUAAGUAAAAUUAAAUAAUUAAAUCAAA